AUGUCGGCGACAGCCAGGGCCAUUUGUAAGGAGAUAUCUCCACAAUGCCCCGUCGAAUUCACCCCGCUAGGGUACUUCCCGAAUUUAGGUGCAAAUAUCUUUUUCUGCUGCUGUUUCGGGGUUUUUUUCUUUGUCGCCUUUGUGGUGGGCGUGUGGAAAAAGACUUGGACGUUCACAUUUGCCGUUACAGGAGCGUGCGUGCUGGAAUGCGUCGGGUAUGCUGGGAGGAUUCUGAUAUACACGAAUCCGUGGGGGACGGGGUUCACCCUUCAAAUCGUCACCAUCAUCCUCGGGCCGACCUUCCUCUGCGCUGCUGUUUACCUGACUCUGAAGCAUGCUGCUCUCGCCGUGGGCCCUGGGAUAUCCCGCAUAAAGCCCUACCUAUACACGUGGAUCUUUAUCCCGUGUGAUAUAAGCUGUCUUGUCUUGCAAGGAAUUGGUGGCGGUGUGGCAGCGAGUGGCGACCAGAAGAAAGAUAAAAGCCUGUUGGACAAUGGUAAUCGCAUAAUCAUGGCAGGCAUCGGCCUUCAGGUUGGCGUACUCUCGCUUUUCGGGAUAGUGGCCCUGGACUACUAUUGGCGCGUAUCCCGUUAUCAUCGCACAUCAGUUCCCACCGAUGGGGAACGAGAGGCAUGGAGGGAUGGGAAAUUCCGCACUUUUGCCGGCGCGGUGUCAAUAGCGUAUCUAACCAUCUACGCUAGAUGCGUAUACCGCAUUGCAGAGAUGGCUGGAGGCUGGGGAAACCCCAUUAUGCGGCAUGAGCCCUCAUUCAUUGUUAUGGAAUCAGUGUAUGUACAUUGCCUUCACUCUUCUUUUGCCGAAGUAUCUUCCGUGAUUGAAUGGCCAAAUGGGGGCAUUGGAAAGGCUGCUAAGUCCUCACAUUUGCCAUAG